AUUCUCACAUCUCUAAUGCAGGAAAGGUUGGUGGUCGUGACCACCGACCACAGCCACCAGGCCACCUUCAACGGCUACCCUAGCCGCGGCCAAGACAUCACUGGGUUCUCCAGCAACAUGGACGACGGCCUGCCACUGCCUACAAUAACGUACUCUAACGGACCGGGCUGGUUUAACGCCUACGUCGUGGAUGGGAACGGCAACGUCGCGCGACGUGACCUGACCGGGGACGACGUCACGAGCCUCGACUACGUCAAGCCGGCGGGCGCAAAUCGCCUCACGGCCACGCACGGGGGAGAAGACGUCGCGCUUUAUGCCGUCGGUCCCAUGUCACACUUGUUUCAACGCACCCACGAGCAGAGCUUCGUCGCGCACGCCAUGGCCUACGCCGCUUGCAUCGGACCCAACCUCGGCCACUGUGCUCAGCAUUAGCACCGGAUGUCCAGCGCCGUCACACCAGGCCUAACAUAUACCAUUGUAGCAGUCUUAUAACAGAUAGAUAAAGCCAUGUUAUACGCCAUUUGUGUUGGGCUUCCUGCUCGGAUGUGCCUUAGUACUCAAACACUGUCACGAGUAGACAAGCAUGAAACUACGCAAUAAAUCAACUCCGCUGAUAACCAUUUGCUAGCUUCUUGUGCAUGGAGCCCUUAUAUAAGGGAUCAUCAUGGAAACAGAGUAGCUUGUUGGUUCUAAUAUUUGCAGUCAUGAGUUCGGGUUGAGCUUCGUUCAUGCCAAGAGUUAACUUAACAAUAGGAUUUUUCCAGUUCAGAUAUUUCAUUGUCAACUUGACAUUUUUGACCACCCUAAAAAAUGAUUAAGGAAAACCGCAUACUUUUUUAACCUUUUUUCCAAGUGCCUACCAUUUGAACGCUUCUAACGAGAUAGAUUCAGAUAGAUAGGAUUCUAAUCAGCUUCAGAUUUUUACAAUCUUGUCACGCGCACGAGUCUUGGUGUUUGCCUAAAAAUUUUCGGUCAUAUUACAUUCGCAUUGUUGAAUAAUGUACAGAUUUAAUAAGUAUUUCAUUUACACUAUGACAUGAAAGUCCUCUACAUUUACUAGUGGACUCAUUAUUUAAUAAUUUACGAUUGUAAAUUUGCUGCAGAAUUAGACGAUAAACAAAUUCGUAACCUAAUGUU